UUAAGACAACAAGAGAUUCCAACAAUUAUGUUCACAGUUAAUGCGAAAGUAGGACAAAACAUCGCCACAAUUUUGGGAACUACAACAGGCCUUAAUGUAAAAAGUUUCGUGGAUAUGUGGUUUAUGCCGAUACUGACGUAUAAGGGAAACGUCGCCUAUUACAAUGAAUCAGAGAAUCACAGCAUGAGCUAUUUCACACAAUUGAUCUGGGGCGAAAGUGACUCCGUAGGCUGCGGCAGAGCCAGAUUUUAUCUUCAAUCAAAGCAGAAAAUGGCUGUAAGACUUGUUUGUAAUUUUGCACCCAAAGGAAAUUUUCGUGGAAAACCAAUUUACACAAUAGGUUACCCUGCAACUCAAUGCAGGGGUAAUUCAGCACCCAACACAAAAUAUAUUGGACUUUGCACUAAGCAGUUUCUUAUACCAGCAAGAAAAUUUACGUCUCGGCCUUUCCCGCCGAGCAGUUUACUCAGGAUACUUAAUUUAUCAAAUAAUUCAACGAAGGAUGAAAUGGAUUCCAAUCGAAAUAAUUUGAAACAAUCGCUUUUUGAAGAAAACGAUACAAAAGAUCAUAGAUAUCAGAAAUCCAGACAUAUUUAUUUUGAUAGAACAAGCGAUAACCAUCGAAGACCAUCUCAUUAUGGAUUCCAAAAACACUCAGCUGUAACAAACAUUCACAAAAGUCGAGAGCACCUAAACAAAGAAACUUCACGUAUGCUCAAAGUAUAUUAUAAUCAAAGACAUGAUGCCCUUCAGGAUAAAAAUGAAAAAAAUCUAGAUCUCAGAAAAAUAUAUGACAGUAAGAGAACCUACAAGAAUUCAGCUUCUGAGAACAAAAUAGACCAAUGCACUCGUAAAAUCACACCAACUACAACAAUAACAACAUCUCCAAACAAUAUUUCGAAAAAGUAUAGAGCAAACGCUUGCACGCGAAAGAGUAAUAUAAAUUGCAAAUCAACCACUCCCUUUCAAACAACUUCACAUGGACGAUGCUCUACUUUGAACGACACCUCGAUAUUUACGGAACUAUGUCCUUGCAAUAAGAAAACAACAACUUGUAUAACAAUUCCUACGAUCUGCAACUGUUACACAAACUGCAAAUGCUUAGAGAAUAAGUCGCCUAAAUGGGAAUCGAUAAAGGAUUCUAGAAAAUUUAAAAUGGAUAAGAAAGAAAACCCUAAUAUCAAUUACCAGGAAAUGUUUCCUAAUAUAGAAGUAAAAAAUGGCGCUCCAAUAAUACCAAUAAAUCACUAUCCAAUAUUAUAUCCUUGGAUUGUAAAUACCAUGAAGCCUACAACCAAUAUUUGGACAGCAGCCAAAACUACACCAUCAAACUCAUACCUUUUUUCGAAUGAAAAAUACACUGGCGAAACACUAGAAACACGAAAAAAAAGACAACAUGGAUUGAAUAGUCAAAUUACAUUAAAACCAUUUUGGCAAAUGGAUGAACUUCAUUACAAAAUGCCAACAGAGCUUAGAUCUCUUCGUUAUACAACAAUACCUAGUAGGAGAAGCAAAUUAACAACGCGGACAUCAAAAAUGCAAACCGAAAGUAUAACAAUAAGACCAAAACAAUCUAAAAUAAAGAAUCAGAAAGACCAUGUGUCUGAAAGAUAUUUAUCAUUCGAAGAACUUAUGCAUUUGAGAAAGCUUAGUCCUGGAGAUAACAAACAAGAUUGGCGUCGGAAAGAAAGUCAAGGAAAUAUAUUGAGAGAAGAUACUACGACUCUCAGUACCGAUCCGACCACAGCGGAAACUUCAGAAAUAACAACCAAUACACCUUUUAUAAGAAAUAAAUACUGCACACGCAAACUUACUUGUACAUGGACAGCUUUUACUGGGAACGAAACUAGCAACAUUGGUGGCAUUAUCGAUCACGGCUCAAGGACUCCACCAGGAUACGUUGAUGGCUGUACGCGGACGUCGACUUGCACACGAGAAUUCAUGGACCGUAACAAAAUGGAUUCUGUAUCUCAUGAAGAUGCAGGAGCAACAACUAUUGAAGAUCAAGAUUAUUGUGAAAAACGCUCUCUGAACGUCAGGAGGAGAAAUUUAGAAGUUGUUACAACAGCCGAUUAUUAUAGCAAUGCAUAUCGAGAAACGUAUACUCACUCACCUUUAGACAGUAAUAAAUCAUAUCGUAUACUAUCAACAGAAAAAAUAAUUGAAAGUCUAAGUCCUGGUGAGGAUUGCAUCUGUUAA